UUUUGUUACCACAGGCUCCGCGGCUUUUGCCUUUCCUGCGGCAGCGAAUCGGAGAGCGGAGGGAGGGGAAGGUGGGAAAGCGCAAUGUGAGCACGAGCGGGUUGGUUCUGAUCCCCGAUUCCCGAGCCGCAUCCUCGCCCCGGGUGUUCUGAUCUCGGGAACACAAGAUGCUGCAUCCUAGCUGGGUCGGCGUCUCAGCAUACAUCUCGGAGUAUUGGUCCGUGAUAAUCGCCACUGUUGUUUUCGCAUUUGUUGGUGCGGUGACAAUUUACUACACAGUCAAUCAAUUGAACAAGAACAUCAGCUUGAGCCUGAUAAAGGCUAUCAAGGCCAGGGCCAAGAGGUACAAGAAAUGGAAGGACAAGGUGCCCGCCGCAUCCCACAUCUGGAGGAAAGAAGUGAUCCCCCGCAGUAAAGGGCUGAAAUGCUGUGUGUGCUUGAAGUCUGUUUCACCUCCUCAGUACUCUGGGGGGACCAUCCAUCAGUGCGAUAUCUGCGGCGCCGCCGCACAUCCGAGCUGCUCGGGGAAUGCGCACAAGGAUUGCAAGUGUGUAUCUAUGGCUGGUUUGGACCAUGUGCUUCACCAGUGGGCUGUGCAAUGGAUCGACAGCGUGGAUCACUCUGAAGAAGACUCCUUCUGUUGCUACUGCGAUGAAUCUUGCAAUGGGGCUUUCCUUGCAGGGUCACCGGUUUGGUACUGUAUGUGGUGUCAGAGGCUGGUGCAUGUUGAUUGUCACAGCAGCUUGGCCAAGGAAACUGGUGAUAUCUGUGACCUGGGACCAUUGAAGCGGUUGAUAUUAUCACCUCUUUGUGUUAAGGAGCUUCAUUGGACAGGUGCUGGGAUUUUGAGUUCUAUCACAAAUGGGGCUAAUGAAUUAGCUUCUACUGUCCGAGAGACAAUUCGGAUUCGUAGUAAAAGGUACAAAAAGGGUAGCGCUUCUGCUGAUUCAGAUAGCUCUGGGGCUAUUGAGCUACCAUCUGAUGUUGAAGGAGAUUCACAAGAAGUAAACAGCGCAGCAAAGAGGAGGGAUGAUCAGGCCAAUGGUGAACUCAGUGAGGUACAUCAAAGCUCAGAUGCAGAGAAAGAUAAGCAACAUGUACCAGACAACGUAGCUACAACCAAUAGAUCACAACGUGAGAAUUCUCAUGUACAGAACCAUCAGAAGUAUGAAAUUAUCAACGUGCCUUCUGAUUCUAGGCCGCUUCUAGUUUUCAUUAACAAGAGAAGUGGUGCACAGAGUGGUGAUUCAUUGAGACAGCGUCUGCAGAUUCUUCUUAAUCCUGUGCAGGUUUUCGAGUUGAGCAAACAGCAAGGUCCAGAUGUCGGUUUAGCUUUAUUUCGGAAGGUAACCCAUUUCAGAGUUCUUGUAUGUGGUGGAGAUGGCACUGCUGGUUGGGUUUUGGAUGCCAUUGAGAAACAGAAGUUUGAAACUCCGCCUCCUGUAGCCAUCCUUCCAGCUGGCACUGGUAAUGAUCUUGCGAGGGUUUUAUGUUGGGGUGGUGGCCUUGGUGUUAUUGAGAAGCGGGGAGGUCUAUUCUCAGUUUUGCAAGAUGUAGAGCAUGCAGCAGUCACUGUUCUUGACAGAUGGAAGAUCACAAUAAAGGACAACCAAGGGAAACUUAUGGCACCACCAAAAUUUAUGAACAACUACUUUGGGGUUGGCUGUGAUGCAAAGGUUGCCUUAGAUAUACACAAUCUGAGGGAAGAGAACCCUGAAUGGUUUUAUAGCCAGUUUAUGAACAAGGUGCUGUAUGCAAGAGAGGGAGCAAAGAACAUUAUGGAUAACACAUUUGAUUGUUUUCCUUGGGAUGUCAAGCUCGAGAUAGAUGGAUCCAAAAUUGAUAUUCCUCAGGAUUCUGAAGGUAUCCUUGUCGCCAAUAUCAGGAGCUACAUGGGAGGGGUCGACCUUUGGAAGAACGAGGAUGAUGUCUCUGACACUUACCUCCCUCAGUCCAUGCAUGACAAGAAGCUGGAAGUUGUUAGCUUCACAGGAAUGCUGCAUCUCGGAAGACUGCAGGUUGGUCUUUCUCGUGCAAAAAGAUUAGCUCAAGGUCAUCAUAUAAAAGUUGAAAUCAGUACUACAAUGCCAAUUCAAGUUGAUGGAGAGCCAUGGUCCCAGGAGCCCGGCACCAUAGAGGUUUCUCAUCAUAGCCAGGCCUUCAUGCUUAAGAGAGUCUCCGAAGAACCACUCGGUCAUGCUGCUUCGGUAAUGGCCGACAUCUUGGAAAACGCUGAGAACAGUGGCAUUAUCUCAGCCUCGCAGAAGAGGACUUUGCUCCAGGAGAUAGCAUCUAGGCUUUUGUAGGACAGUUCUAACGCUAGUGCUUGUAGUUGUGUCGUGUGUAGCUCACCCUAUAGCUUUCUCUCAUGUUUUCUGCUGCCAGAGGCUUCCUUCCGGGAUACUAGGGAAUCACGUCUGGUCGUUUGUACAUACCGUCAUGGUAUCUUCCCGCUUGAUUGCAUUGUGCUUGUGUAUAAUUUGUGUGAAAUUUUGUACACCCUAUUGGGAUGAUCUGACCCUAGUUGCUUAUGGUACUAGCAAAGCUUAUCUGUGCGCUUGUUUUGGCAGGAAAGUCUGAUAACAGCCGUCUGGAUCGCUGAAACUUAAAACAACGUUUUUUAUAUUUUGUUCUCGUAUUGGAUUUCAUUUUUGA